AUGGGGGAGACUCCUGGCAGCAACGAGAUCGUCUUUUCUCUCUUCGAGGGGAAGAAAAGAAAGCGAACAGAAAAACCUAUUGAGGAAACAAAGGGGGAAAGGGAACGUGGGAGGAAAAAUCAGGAUAGGAGGGCAAAGAUAGUCCACGUCGGAUAUGGUCUUGCUCAGUCUAUACCUUUGCAAAAGACACCUUCGACUAUUGCGGUCUCACUGGAUAGUCCUCGUGCUAGCCGGCAGGAUGAUCGACCUAGGCAUCCCACGGAGAAAUCUAUUCUGCUCGGAGAGAGAAGCAAUGCUGACACCGGAUCGACUGACGAUGGUGAUGAGAAGGCUGAUGGACCGUCGUCCCUGGAAGCUCCGCCGGGAGGGGGGAAACCCGGGGGAACUCAAGUCUGUGUUGAUUGUGACGAGGAUGACUGCCCGAUAUGCCUCGAAGAGUAUGACUACGAGAAUCCGAAGAUCCUGCUGCAAUGCAACCAUGAUUUCCAUCUUGGUUGCAUCUACGCGUGGAUGGAGAGAAGCCAGUCUUGCCCGGUGUGUACCGUGGUAAUGAUGUUCAAAGAGGACCAGUGA